GUGGUGAGUGUGAGAGGCGGAGGCGCUUCCUUCCUGCCUCACUCGUGGCUCUGAGACUCCCCCGGCAAAGUUCGCGGCGUCCUCCCGUGGUAUUCUCAGGGAUGAGUCAGCUGGGUGCCAUAGCAGCUCUAGCUGCUGGCCUGGUGGCUACUGCUCUUUUUUCUGCAAUACACAAGAUCGAAGAAGGGCACAUCGGCGUUUACUACCGGGGAGGAGCUCUCCUGACCUCCACCAGUGGGCCUGGCUUCCACCUCAUGCUCCCCUUCAUCACCUCUUAUAAAUCAGUGCAGACAACGUUGCAGACAGAUGAAGUAAAGAAUGUUCCAUGUGGUACUAGUGGGGGAGUAAUGAUCUAUUUUGACAGAAUCGAGGUGGUGAAUUUUCUGAUCCAAAGUGCUGUAUAUGAUAUAGUGAAGAACUACACUGCAGACUAUGACAAAGCCCUCAUCUUCAACAAGAUUCACCAUGAACUGAAUCAGUUCUGCAGCGUUCACACUCUCCAGGAAGUCUAUAUUGAGUUGUUCGAUCAGAUUGAUGAGAAUUUGAAGAUAGCUCUCCAGCAAGAUCUGACAACCAUGGCACCUGGUCUCAUCAUACAGGCAGUGCGAGUCACAAAGCCAAAUAUCCCUGAAUCGAUUCGGAAGAAUUAUGAACUUAUGGAGAGCGAGAAGACGAAACUGUUGAUCUCGGCUCAGAAGCAGAAGGUGGUGGAGAAGGAGGCAGAAACGGAGCGCAAGAAGGCUGUCAUUGAGGCUGAAAAAAUAGCACAGGUAGCUGAGAUCACGUACGGGCAGAAGGUGAUGGAAAAGGAGACCGAGAAGCGCAUCUCCGAGAUUGAAGAUGCUGCUUUUCUUGCCCGAGAGAGGGCAAGAGCAGAUGCUGAAUGUUACACUGCCUUGAAGGUAGCAGAGGCCAACAAGCUGAAACUGACCCCAGAGUACUUGCAGCUGAUGAAAUACAAGGCUGUUGCCUCCAACAGCAAGAUCUAUUUUGGCAAAGACAUACCCAACAUGUUCAUGGACCACUCCGGGAGCACCACCAAACCUUCCGAAAAGCAGGCCGAAGAACUGAGGGAGGAGAACUGGCUCGGAGCGGGAGACAAUUUAUGAGUU